ACUCGGGCGGUGGCGCGGGCGCCCGGGGCCGGCACGGAGGGGACCCGGAGGCGCGGUCCCGGAGCAAGGCGGACGGCUGGGCUGGGGCUGGGGCUGGAGCAGCGACCACGCGGGGCCGCCGUGGUGCCUUGGACUCGUGCGGCGGCUGCGGGGCGCGCGGCCCUUCGCCAUGUACACCUUCGUGGUGCGCGACGAGAACAGCAGCGUCUACGCCGAGGUCUCCCGGCUGCUGCUGGCCACCGGCCACUGGAAGAGGCUGCGGCGGGACAACCCCAGGUUCAACUUGAUGCUGGGCGAGAGGAACCGGCUGCCCUUCGGGAGACUGGGUCACGAGCCUGGGCUGGCACAGCUGGUGAAUUACUACAGGGGGGCGGACAAACUGUGCCGGAAAGCUUCCUUGGUGAAGCUAGUCAAGACCAGUCCAGAGCUGUCUGAGUCCUGCACAUGGUUCCCCGAGUCCUAUGUGAUUUAUCCAACUAACCUCAAGACACCGGUCGCUCCAGCGCAGAAUGGCAUCCAGAUUCCGAUCAGUAACUCCAGGACGGAUGAGAGAGAAUUCUUCCUGGCUUCUUAUAACAAAAAGAAGGAGGAUGGGGAGGGCAACGUUUGGAUUGCAAAGUCGUCCGCUGGUGCCAAAGGUGAAGGCAUCCUCAUCUCCUCAGAGGCGUUGGAGCUUCUGGAUUUCAUAGACAACCAGGGUCAAGUGCACGUGAUCCAGAAAUACCUCGAGCGCCCUCUGCUCCUUGAGCCCGGCCACCGCAAGUUUGACAUUCGAAGCUGGGUCCUGGUUGACCACCAGUAUAACAUCUACCUCUAUAGAGAGGGUGUGCUCCGAACAGCUUCAGAACCGUAUCAUGUUGAUAAUUUCCAAGACAAGACCUCCCAUUUGACCAAUCACUGCAUUCAGAAAGAGUACUCAAAGAACUAUGGGAAAUACGAAGAAGGGAAUGAAAUGUUCUUCGAGGAGUUCAAUCAGUACCUAAGCAGCGCUCUGAACAUUACCUUAGAAAGCAGCAUUUUGCAGCAAAUCAAACACAUAAUAAGGAGCUGCCUCAUGAGUGUGGAGCCGGCCAUCAGCACCAGACACCUCCCUUACCAGAGCUUUCAGCUCUUCGGCUUCGACUUCAUGGUGGACGAGGAACUGAAGGUCUGGCUCAUCGAAGUCAACGGUGCCCCUGCGUGCGCUCAGAAGCUCUAUGCAGAACUGUGCCAGGGAAUCGUGGACAUAGCCAUAUCCAGUGUCUUCCCACCCCCGGAUACGGAGCAGGUGCCACAGCCGGUUGCGUUCAUCAAGCUGUGACCCCGGAGCUACAGAGCCGCCUUGGGAAGUGUAUGGCAUCCGGAGGAGCGUGAGGUGACUGGACUGCUCCUUAUCAAGGCAUGCUGGGGACAGAUGUGCAGGAAGAGUGUGUGAUGAGAAGGCAGCUGUGGGAGAGCAGGGAGUGCUGCCUUCAGUGCUGUGGAGACCCAGGAAACUGAAGCAAGUCGCUGAGAGGCAGACCCGAACACUUCCGGAAUCGGGGAUUUGGUUGUGGUGUGAUCUCAUCCCUUGAGCAGUUUCUGGCCUUGAGUGGCAUGGGGAGCAGAGCUCCCUCCUCCCCAGGAUGCAGCCCAGAGACCUCUGAGUGGUGUUGUCUCAGCUGCUGCAGCGUUAGUGCCUUAGCUCUGGGUCCAGUGCAGCCUCACUGGACCCAGACUGGACCAUAGAGCAUUUUGGAGGUGGCCACAUGUUCCCUGCACAUCCCCUCUGUGACACUAUGUCCCACUAAACCCUGGACAAGCAUGCAGCACAGUCCAUGCUGGGUAUUGGCCUGUCAUGAAGGUCAUUCACCUUCCUGGUGGCCUCUAAGUGAGCACUUGCCAGGGGUCCUGUGGGCAUCAAACCGUGUAUUUUGCUCACUGCAUGUUUUAGAAACAAAAGCACCAGGCCUAAUGAAUCUGCAAGCAUCAAAUAAGCAUGAGAGAGAAAGAGAGAAAAAAGAAAACAUGAUAUCUUACUUUACUUAACGGUGUGGGUGGGUGGGCGACUCUGAAAUAUCACGAGCCUCAUUAUCUUUGACUUAAUCAGAAUUCUGAAUGCAGCUUUGCCAUUUUCCUUCCCUUUCCCCACCUCUGAACCUUUGUAACAAUCCUCUCUGGGAGUCAGGGAAGGUAGCACUCCAUUCCUCCUCCUCCUCACCUCAUAGCUCUCCCUACAUCUGCCCUCCUCGGCUCCAAGGGCCGGGAGGGACAGGUUCCAUUCCAGAAAGGGCCCUAUUUGCUUAUGCAUGUAGGUAGCAGGAGAGAUGCCCUCUGAAUGAGGGUGUGUCCUGCCUGAGUGAGAAAGAAGUAUUUUUGGAGCUUUGCACAGCUUCCUGUGUCAACAAAAGUGUUCGACAUCUGGUUUCCAUGUCAGGGGUCCAUUCGCAUUUCAGAGGCUUCUGGGGAGCCCACUCCGGAAGCAGUGGGAAGCUGUCAUGUGUAUUCAGUAUUAGCUGAGUCAAUAGGUUCUUCUGAAGAGGGUCCUGGAAACCAAGGUAGACACAGCGAAUGCUGCCUUUCUGCCCAGAGCACAGUGUGGCUUUUUCUGGUGUAUAUAUGUGCUUCUUCAUGUGCAUCUACUUGGUAUGGUCUGCAGUCAAAUGAGACUUUUACAGAAGAGCUAGAGAAUGAGAGGUGGGAACUUACGUGAGGAAAGGAAUGAUGAGAUUAUUUAUUACAUGUGUCCGUGGGUAGCCGAAUGCAUUAUACUGAAGUGAAGAAAAUCUCAGCUCACAGGAACCCAGAAUUAGGGGGUAAAGGUGCCAUGGUUGCCUAGAAUAUGGGUAACAACGUUGGCUCCCAGAGCAAAGUACAACAUUCGAGAUGAAGUCAGUCCUUGAGGCCCAGCACAGCUGAUGGGUCAGCGCUGAGGAACUUCUGAGAAAGCAGAGGGCUUAGACACAUUUGGGAAGAUGCACACUCACUGAGGACGUGGAGGGUGCUGGGUCCUUGGCUAGUCUAGGUGGGCCAGUAAUGGAGAAAGCAAGGUGGUCGAUGUAUGCUCUUAGACCCAAGUCACGGAGCUCUUCAAAAGUGUGUGGCUGUUGAGGUGGAAGACUUGACAAAGCAGAUGUCAGUGAGUCUUUAUGAAUCCUGACAGGUUCUGUAGUAAACCUGACCGAAUCCAUAACGUCUGUAUAAGGGGAAAUGGGAAGGGUUGGGUUCAUUCCUCACACAGCUUCAGCUAUUUUAUGCAUCUGCUUCCCACCAAGUAAGAAGCUUGGCUCUGAACCGUUUCAUGUCGUUCCAUGGUGUCGUUGGCGCAGAUGGUCAUGCCUGGCUCCCCAGCCAGUCUUCGUGGUUAGUCCGUGUAAGCGCUGCCCAUCGCUGGGGGAGGGGGUUAUUUAUUUGGAGAUAUUGAUUCCACUCCUGGGUCUGUCAUUGACUGCACAAUGUCACAGGAGCCAAAUAACCUCUGUGCCUUAGCUUCUUAUCUCAUGGAGGAGAUGUUCCCUGACCCAGGGACUACCUCAGGGGCUUUUGUGAGAAUGAAAGAGCAGGAGGAAGACUCGAAGGCCUUUAGUCCCAAGGUUCUCAAUGCUGACCACAUGCUAUAAUUUCCCAUGAAGUUAAAAAGAACUUGAUGACCCUUCCCACCUACAGCCGAUUGAAUCAGAACCUCAGGUAACAAUAUGUCUUGAGGUGCCUUGAACCGUUACUUCGGGAAGCAGGACAAAUACAUCAUUACCUUGGAAGGAUCACUUUAAGGAUUAAGACUCAAAAAAAAAAAAAAAAAAACCUCUUUGAAACAAGCAAUUCUGUAAGAACAAUCCGAUAUUGACAUAUAUAUUUGUGGUAUAAGUAUUGGCCAAGCAGUUUCUCAGUUUGCUUCUCAUCCAAGCAUCUGGAAAAAUCAAACAUGCUUUCAUUUACAUAAGCAGUUUAUUAAGUCCUCGGUAGCAAAUGUAAAGAGAUAAGAAUCUAUAAAUCUAAUAUAUAUCAGAGUUAAUCAUUAAUUAUGGGAGAAAAGCCCCUCCCCUCACACUUGACUUCAAUGGCAAUGAUAAAGUCCAUUUUGCCAAGAAUAUUUAAGUGCCUCUGUGUUGUGAGCUAGAGAAGAGCAGGAGCUGGCAUGCACACUAGCUGAUAGUGUGUUUCCAUAGCUCUUUGGGAUGACACGCGCAUGCACGGGACAUUGGGGAGCACUGGAAAUGGGCUGUGAGCCACAGAACCAGCCAGUGUCAAUGAUGCUAGAAAGUGUUUUUAUGAGCAGUUGUGGUUGUGUUCAUGGGUAUGGCAGAGAGGGGAUCCAUGAACAAAAAUGACAAGGUGCCAAAGUAGGUUGCAUGUGGCAUGUGGGUACUGUCUUGAGGAUUCGGGGGUUGAUGUAUGUGCCUCCAACCUUGGACACAGAACCUGCACCUAAGUGGAAAUGGAUUUCUGAAAUAAGGCAACUAUAUGAAUGUUUUAAAUGCCUGGAGCAUUAAAGUAAAGUAAAGAUA